CCGGCUGCCAGGUUAUGUAUAGCAAACCUUCGGAGAAGGUUUGUUAGCAUCAAAGCCCUGUUAACAAAGCGCCGUGGACUGAUCUGGUCAUGGAGGAACACAGUCUGACUUGCACCAUCUGCUUGGACUGCUUCAAAUACCCUGUGACUCUCCCCUGUGGCCACACCUUCUGCAAAGCAUGCAUAUCCAAACACUGGGAUCAGGUGGAGCGAGUUGGACCUCCGAAUACGUCAUUCAACUGCCCGAUUUGCAAAGAGACGUUCUCUCCCAGACCGACUUUAAAUCGCAACGUGGCCCUGUCAGUUUUGACCGAGGUGGCCACCAACAGCGUGGCAGAGAGAGCUGCGGGUGCAGCCUGUGGAAUGGACCGGGUCGAAGAUGGCUUCGAGGAGCUCUGUGCUCGCCAUCAAAAGCCUCUUAUCUUCUACUGCAGGAAGGAUUGUAUGUGUGUGUGCUGUGUGUGCUCUGUGAAAGAGUGUAAAGACCAUGACAAGGUGCUGAUGUCUGAAGAAAGGACUAACAGAGAAGAGGGACUUAAGAAGAAAGGCGUGGAAAUCGGAAAGCGUGUGGAAGAUACCGAGAGGAGCAUUUUAGCGCUCUCAGAAAACAUCGCUGAAGCUAAGGUGUCCCUACAGCAAACAUCUCAGUGGGCGAGCGCCAAGUUCUCGCAGCUGCUCAAGGUGCUGAUGGAGAAGCAGGAAUUGACGCAGAGUUUCUUGGAGCAGCAGCAGGCCAGCACUGUGGCUCAGGCUGAGACCAGACUCAGCGACCUGCAGGAGAAACUUGAGCAGCUCAAAGAGCUACAGGAGCAGAUCAGCAACCUUUGUGGCCUCCCUGACUUUCAGCUCAUUCAGAACUCCAGGCUGGUGGAGGUCCCUCAAGUGGGUUUAGUUCCUGUAGAAGUCAGUGUAAACCUUCAGGAGAAACUAAAUCCAGUCACUGACGUUCUGUCUCGCAUCUCAAAGUUAGUCUGUGAGGAUCUGGAUAAAGCGGUGUAUGCAGUCGUGAGCCAUACCAAAGAAGGCUCUCCUCAAGACAAGAGACCAAUGCUCGCUGUUGUGCCAAGUCCAGCCACCCCGCCUUAUCCAGCAGGAAAAGAGGGCCUUAUUCAAUACCGUUGUUCGUUGUCCUUUGACCCACGCACAGCCAACGCUCAUCUGAAGGUUUCUCAGAACAACCAGCGAGCGGAGCACCUGAUUACCGGGCCUCUUGCAGUGCAAGCUGACGAGGUGCGCUUUGACCACACCUGGCAGGUGUUGUGCCUUGAGAAGUUCUCACACGGUCGGCACUACUGGGAGCUGGAGGUGUCCAAGCCUUGGGCGUACGUAGGUGUGACGUACCCAGACAUCCCACGUAAGGAGAAAGGCAAGACGUCCAUGCUGGGAAUGAAUGCCCUGUCAUGGAGCCUGCACCUAAAUGAGCGCCAGCUCACGGCUUGGCACGGCAGCCAUGGAGAGCCUGUAAUGUCUGACUUACAGUUAAACAAACGGCCUCUGCGCAUUGGCAUACUGCUGGACUAUGAGGAAGGUACUCUGGCUUACUAUGGGGAGAACCAGGUGAGGCUGCACGCCUUCCACUGCGUCUUUUCCCAUGAGCUCUAUCCUGCCUGCUGGAUUGGGGAGGGGGUCAGCGUCACUCUCUGCCCAGUGUGAACAGCUUUUCAAAACAAAGGUUAAUUCAGCUUGUGUAAAGAAAAAAAAGCCUCAAAUUAAUUUAACUCUGCAGCAAAUUAACAUGCACAUCACAGAGUCAUAGAGUAGGGAAGUAGACCCAGGCCUAGAACCCUAAAAGAAGUCACUCCCUUAAAUCUAGAGAUUUCUUAGAAAACAAAACUGAGGCACAUAUUAUACAGCGCCAGGAGACAGAUCCUCCAGCACAAGUUACACUUUUUAUUUAAUAAUGUGAACAACUUUAUUUGCUAAUGUUCUGAUUUUAUUUUUUUUUCGUGUGGCGUUUGUGUCAAGUUAACUAUUGUGUUGCAAUUCUUGCACUUUUUGAAACAGUGGCCCGUCAUCUCCUUUAGCUCUAUAUAAUAGAGUUACACAAUUUUUGAUGAAAUAGGAAUUAUUAGCAGUGGAUGCUCAGCAUUCUGAAUGACUUAUUUACUGCAAUAUUACUUGUACUGCAAAAUUCAACCUCCCGAGUAUAAAUAAAACUUUAAUAAAUAUUUAUUAGGCUGCCAAUAGGUCUGUUUGCCCACAAUUGUAAAAGGUUAAAUAAUAAGUCGUUAUUACAAUUCUUCUGACAAAAGCAGGUCAAGCCUAUGUGAAUGGAAAGCCACAGAAAUUUAUUUCAUGUUUACUCAUUGUUUUAGUGACCUGAAACACAUUAUACUGUACAUAAUACUCAAAAUUUAGGUAAAAUACGUUCUCUCUGAGAACAUAUUUGACCUAAAUUUUUUGGAUUCAUUUAAAAUUCAUCCAUAUUUUUCCAAUUUUUUUUUUUUUUUUAUCUGUAGACUCUCCAUUCUUCAGGUGCAUGAAUGUGGUCAUGUGUUACAAUGUCUGUACUCGUGGAUAGUUGAGAAGCAGUACUGCUACUCUGUUUUGUUCUCCUGCAGAUGUUCUAAGUCAAGUUUCAAUGACACACUAAUCAAGUGGCAGUGUUUUUGUGUAGCACUAGUCCAGAAUACAGUACUAAUAACUAUUCAAAAACAAAAGUUUAUUUGUUUUUUGAGCUUUUUAAGUCCAAGGUACUACAAGUUACUGAGCUUUUUGAGCCACUAAAUAUUGAUAACACUGAAACAUCUAUUUCUAUAUUUUAUCAUUAUAGAAAUAAGGUUGAAUCUGGUUUUAAAGACACUUAAUUUUUGAAAACUCCUUCUGAACCUCAUAGGUUAGAGUCAUGUUUGCUAAUAUAUUUUUGUUUAGAUCUGUUGCAUGCUUUUCCACAUGUACAUGUUUUGUAUCACUCAAUUAGUCUUACAUGCUUUAGAGUGCCUGUGUUGUUUUUAUUUUUUUUUAUCUGUUCUUUUCACACCUGCUGUUGUAUACACUCAGUAUCCAGGUUUAACAUGACUAGAUUGGGUCAUCUGCUUGUGCAGUACGUAUAAUAAUAGUGUUUUAUUUCUACCUAGCAUAUUUACAUUACUGUGGUGGGUGAAGUGUGAUGAUAUUAAAUAAAUUAAUAUAAUUAAUCAUUAAAUCAUUUAUCAUUAAGCAUUAAUUAACUGAACCUGCCAGUUAAAAUUUAUUUUAACUGUAGUUAGUUACAAGAUGAAAUUUACACAUUACAGUAAAAAGAAACUUUUUUUAAAGACUUUUUUUUUCUUGACAUAUUCAUUUAUUUAAUUGUCACACUUUACCCAACAUACCAUAAAUUGUCCUUCUAUGAAGGAAAUCUCAUUAUUAUAAUUUUUAUGAACUGAAUGUGAAGCACCUUGAACAUGCACUAUGUUAAAUGAACCCUAGCCUUUUUUUUAUUGUGACUGGUAACAUGCAGAUGUGCUUUGCAAAUAGAUCGGGCUGAUUGUAGAUAUGUAAAAUGAUUUUUUUGGGGG